UGACCUUAUUCCUGUUUUUAUAUAUAGAGAGAUGUAGCUAGGCUAGAGAAUUAUAGUCUUACAAUCAAGAUAACAUAUCUUGGUUAGACAUAGAGUUAGUUCUAGUCACCAGAUCGAGGAGACGAUUCGAAUGAUGCAGAUAUCUAACGAUGGCAAGAAGAUUGAUCGUAAAACAAUAGAGAAAAAUAGAAGAACGCACAUGAAAAAACUUUGUUUCAAGCUUAACUCUCUUGUUCCUUCAUUGUCCUCUCAACCCUUUAAGUUGUUCACGCAGGAGAGCCAGUUCGAUCACUCGAUUGCUUACAUCGAGCACCUAAGAAAGCGAAUAGAAGUUUUGAAAGACAAGAGGAACGAAGCAUUGAAAUAUGUCAACGAUUACCCGUCUGCCUUAAGUUGCCAAGGCGUAAGUACACCACCAUCGACAGUGGAGGUACACGAUCUGGAUGGCGGUUUGAAGGUCCUUUUGAUCAGCAAUACAGAAAAGAAAAUUUCGUUUUCUGAAAUCAUUAGUAUAGUAGAGGAAGGAGGAGCUGAGGUGGUGAAGGGAGGUUACACCACUGCAGAUGAUGAUAAAGUCAUUUAUACCCUUCAUGCUAAGGCAAGAGUUACGAGGAUCGGCAUAGAAGUAGAAAGUGUACACCAGAAACUACAAGAGUUGAUCAACAGAAGCUCCUCAAAGAAAGAAGAAAUUUGUAAAACCAGUAACAUUAGAAUAGAUAGAUAGUCUAUAGAUAUAUAUGUGGUUAAAAAAAUAGUAUAAAGUCAUUUUAUUUUUUAUUUUUAAA